GUUUUGUGCCUGACAGCUAACUGACACGAAAAUAAAUAGAGACUGAUAAUUUUGUAUUCUAUUUGAAUAUUUUAAGGAUUCAUAUUCAUAUCCAAAUAAAAUAGAAUUCUUGAAAACGAUUUGUUGUGCAUUUGAUCAUAUAAGCAUGUGAUUGUCAGAGUGUAUUGAAAAUAAAAGUGAAGAGGGACCAACAAAGUGCUUUACUUUCUACUAGACUACUAGAGGAUGUUGUAAUAAUCUGACGAUUUAUUAUCCACCUCAAUCCCUCCUAGCUGUUCUACAUUCACGGUGAACAAAUGCCGGUGUCAAAAUACUCGACAACCUUCGACCGAAUGAAGUUGAAAUUGCUCUUUACAAGACUGCAUUAAAUCGGUUGUGAAACAAAUCUAACCUUCAGUGAAAUUAUUGUGUAACUGCAAAACGAAUCUGGGAGCGUUCAGCGGCGAAAUGUUCAUUGCGAAGUUGGUGAAUCGUGUGGUGGUGCCCAGCCAGGACGAUGCAUGUAUUCUGCAGGAGUUGGUGUCUUUUUGAGGAAACUCAUCCACAUUCUGUACGCAAUCGCGGCAAGAAUGUGCAGCAGUGGCCCCGACGGGGGACCCGGAGUUUACGCCUUUCGGGCAUUCAGGUUUGAAAGAAUCAAGCCUUCCUCCACGUCCAGGGUGCCAUUUCCUCGCAGUGGCCAUCGCAUAGCUGCUGACACUGCCAAUUUCUACUCCUUUGGAGGAUACAAUCCCCUGCCUCGUGAUUAUGAUCGACAUGGGGAUGAUGGCGAAGACGCGGCUGAGAGAGAGAAUGGGUUCCUGGAUGGCUAUUGGAUCCAGACCCUGUUCCAGGAACUGUGGAAGUUCAACUAUGCAUCAGCAGAGUGGACCAGAUACAGCAAUGGGGAUACCAUGCCCAUGGAGUUGGCGUCAAAUGCGUUGCUGUUGCAUAAGAAUAUCCUGAUGGUGUAUGGUGGCACAGGUACACCAUUCGGCUUCAGGAGCAGUAACCAACUCUACACGUGUAGAGUGAACGACAGGGAAGGUCUGAUGGUGGAAGUGAACACCACUGGACAACACCCAUUACCUCUUUACGGACAAGCUUUAAUUUUUUACAAUGACUACCUGUAUACUAUUGGAGGUACUACGGGCCAGGCUUACACAUGUGAUAUCCAUAGGUUAAAUUUGAAAUCGAUGAACUGGGAAAUAGUGUACAUAUGCAAUGGACAUGGUGAAUAUGAACCAAAAGGACGGUAUAGACACGAAGUGGGCUUCGACGGACGGAACAUCUACGUGUUAGGUGGCGGAACCGUCACCGAAGCCUUCGACUUCAAGUAUAUUCCUGCCUUCGAUGUAGAGGACCUCAUUUGGAGGAGACAAAAGACUGUGAAGGACUCUAAUAAAGGUUACCCCCAGCCACGUAGAUGCCACGGAGCAGUGCAGGUGAACGUGGACGACAAUGGCGGCGCGCCCCAGGUGUUCGUCAUAGGUGGCCAUGACGGCGUGAACAUUUUCGACGACCUAUGGCGACUGGACCUGCGCACUUUCCAGUGGACGUGCUUUGACACAUGUCGACUGCCGAGGCCAAUGUAUUUCCACGCGACAGCCGUAUCGCCGCAGGGUAGGCUCUAUGUCUUCGGGGGAAACUACAGGUGAGGGACUUAAUGUUUCAUCCUUUAAUACAGCGGAUUCUAGAAGAGAAGAUGUAGAAACCUUUUGUCAGAGUGACAUUCACCAACAUCACGUCAUGGUCUCUUGAUACUCAAUGGUUAUUUCCGGUUUCAUAGUAGCUGGGAAGCGACAGCUCACUUGAGGGUCACUGACGCGAUUUUUUCAGGUUAAGUAAGUUUCGUGUACUAGCAAAGAAGGUUUAUAAAUUGACUCUAGAAUGCCGUCCCUGAUACUGUUAUUAAUGUUUUUUGUAUCUACUUUGAUCCUUUCUCGUUCCACCUUUGACUAUGUAAUAAGACUAAAAUAAACAGUAUUAAAGCGUCUCAACAAAAGCGCCGAAUUUGAAUUAGCCGCCUUUUUUUUACAAAUGCUAUGGUGUUUACUUGAUGACAACUGUCAUGUUCAGACCACGCGAUUAGACGUCAUAUUUAAACGAGCAACGUUUGAUUAUUGUGAAAAAUGGAGAAAAUAACGGGGAAACAGUUCGCAAAUUACGUACAAUUUUUGCCAAAUGAGUCGACGCUUCGCCAUUUAAUCACAUUAUUUGAGACAGAAUUCACGUUGCUGAAUGUGAAGACCACUGUUCGUCGCCGUCUUGGUCGGUCCCUCGAAAAUAUAGUCGCAGCGCGGGAAAGUGUGGCCGAGAAUCCAG